AUGCUCUUCGACUCGGAUCCACUCGUCGUCUCGACACCUGACGCCUGCCUGCAUAAAUCCGACCUCAAGACAUUGAAGAAAGAAGAGUGGCUUGGCGACAAUGUGCUUGCCUUUCACGCCGAGUGGUUGCAAGCACUAGCAGAUGGAUCGCCUCACAACGUUAAAAUGUUCCCACCCGCUGUCGUAGAGGUGCUCUGCACGCUCGGUAGCGCCACUGCUCCCGACGCGGCAUCGGUGGUGCCCAGACCGACCGAACGCUUCCUGCUGCUGCCCGUGAGCGACCGCUACAGCCCCUCGAGCCCAUCACAUGCCGCAGCGGGCAGCCACUGGAGCCUUUUGCUUGUCGAUGCUGCCUCUGGGGCUGCGUUCCACCUCGACUCACUCGGCGAUUGCAACCGCUCUGCUGCCAAAGCGGUCCAUUCAAGCAUCCUUCAGCUCGUUCAGCCACAACCCGGUCAUCACGCCUCUCCGCCCGUACCGUUCAAGGUCGACUGCCUACAGCAACAGGAGAAUGGCAGCGAUUGCGGUAUCUAUGUCUUGCUCCUUUCCAGCCUUUUCCACCUCUGGCUCAACAAGCCACAAUCGGCAUCCUACGAUCUUGCCGAAGUCGUCCAAGCGGCCUGCGCAGAUGCGACACCUUCCAAAGUUGGCCACUUUCGCAAGGCGUACAAGGAUUGGCUCAAGUCAUGGGGCAAAGCGACGAACCACGAAGAGCACGUCGAUCCAACCCAAAAGGUCAAAACCAACUUUCUCAAUCUGUUCUCGGAAAUCGGUGUGGAGUAG